AGGGCGCCGCCGCUCUCCCGUCUGUCUCCACGACUCCACCUCGCCGAGUAGCAAGGAAGCGAAAGCUCAAGGAGGCAUUGCGCGCCGCCCGUCCUGCCGCCUCCCCCUCGCCGCUGGUGCCGGCCGUCCUCCCCUACCUCUCUUCGCCGCGCGCCGCCCGUCUUCCUCCACCUCGCCACCCGCCGCCGACUGGCAGUCUACCACCGGACCACUGCCUCGCCUAGUCGCCGUCCACCUGCGGGCCCCCCCUGUGGGGUUAAGGGGCCCGCCGGGCUCGGGGCCAGGAGAGGAAGUCUUGGGGCGGGGGCAGGGCCGUUCUUGCCCAACACGUCCGCGACCGGCCCCGUUGCCAAGCCUUCGCUGCUUCCUCUUGCCCAUCGCCGGAGGCGAGGCGGCGACGACUCAUCUCCCGCGGCUCCGAGAUGGGGCUGCUCAGCAUCAUCCGGAAGAUCAAGCGCAAGGAGAAGGAGAUGCGCAUUCUCAUGGUUGGGCUGGAUAACUCGGGGAAGACGACGAUCGUGCUCAAGAUCAAUGGGGAGGAUACGAGCGUCAUCAGCCCAACCCUCGGCUUCAACAUCAAGACCAUCAAGUAUCACAAAUACUCUUUAAACAUAUGGGAUGUGGGUGGGCAGAAGACUAUCCGAUCUUAUUGGAGGAAUUACUUCGAGCAAACUGAUGGACUAGUUUGGGUGGUUGAUAGUUCAGACAUCAGGAGACUUGAUGAUUGUUGUGCUGAACUGCACAAUCUCCUAAAAGAAGAGAGGCUAGCAGGAGCAUCAUUACUGGUGUUUGCAAAUAAGCAAGAUAUUCGAGGUGCUCUCAAACCUUCUGAAAUUGCUAAGGUUCUCAAUUUGGAAGCGAUGGACGGAAGCCGGCACUGGCAGAUCGUAGGCUGCAGUGCGCACACCGGUGACGGCCUUCUCCAAGGCUUCGACUGGCUCGUUCAGGACAUUGCAUCUCGGAUUUACGUGCUAGAAUGAUAGUCCGUCUCAUUCCUCUCGAUUUUUCAGUCUUGUGCUGUGAGAGAGAUUCAUUUUGGAGUCAAAUCCUAUGUGCCUGUGAAAUUUCACGUGGUCCCUUUACGUACCUCAGAAUUUGUUUGAUCCCUUGUAUACUCCCUAGGGUUUUUAGUGGGAGCUGUUACAUAUCCAUUCCGUAGUUUCCUCCCCAGUUUUCGUAGGAAUGACUUUAUUACCCUUGGAUAUCGAUAAAGGAUGGAAAUGUUUCAUGUUUGGAUUAUUUGGGUUGUAAAAAAAUUAGGGGCAACUUACUGAAUAUUAAUUAUGAAUU